CCGGGCCGGGCCGCGAGAGCGACAACAAACAUGGCGGCGGCGGCGGAGGCAGCGGGCGGCGGUCGCGGCGCAGGGCGGAGGAGGAGACACCAACAAAUGGAACACAAAUUAACUUAAGCCUACAUGAGGCUGGUGACACCUGAAAGAGGGGAAAGUGGACAAGCUGUGUCCUGUGCUUUCUAUCCGACCUGUUUGGAGUAUGUUUGCUACUUAGCAGGGAACUAAAAUUCAGGCACAAGAGGUUGUAAACAUAAAGAGUGAAUAUGGGUGAAAAGAAGCCAGAACCUUUGGACUUUGUAAAAGAUUUUCAGGAAUAUCUUACACAGCAGACUCACCAUGUAAAUAUGAUUUCUGGAUCAGUUAGUGGAGACAAGGAAGCAGAGACUCUUCCAGGAGCUGGGACAGAAGGUGAUCAGAAUGGUCUGGAUCAUCCUUCUGUUGAAGUUUCACUGGAUGAAAACUCAGGAAUGUUAGUGGAUGGGUUUGAAAGGACAUUUGAUGGAAAGUUAAAGUGUCGAUACUGCAACUAUGCCAGCAAAGGAACAGCACGGCUCAUAGAGCAUAUCCGAAUUCAUACAGGUGAGAAGCCGCACAGAUGCCAUUUAUGUCCCUUUGCGUCAGCUUAUGAACGUCAUCUGGAAGCUCACAUGCGAUCGCAUACUGGUGAAAAACCAUACAAAUGUGAAUUGUGUUCCUUUCGCUGCAGUGACAGAAGCAACUUGUCUCACCACCGCAGGCGCAAACAUAAAAUGGUGCCUAUUAAGGGUACAAGGUCUUCCCUGAGCAGCAAGAAAAUGUGGGGGGUUUUGCAGAAGAAGACCAGUAAUUUGGGGUACAGCAGAAGAGCAUUAAUUAAUUUGAGUCCGCCUUCCAUGGUGGUUCAGAAACCAGACUACCUUAAUGAUUUCACUCAUGAAAUCCCAAAUAUCCAGACUGAAGCGUAUGAGAGCAUGACGAAAACAACCCAGAGCGGUGGGUUGCCAAGAGAUCCACAAGACCUCAUGGUAGAUAAUCCUUUAAACCAGCUCUCUACGUUAGCCGGACAGUUAUCUAGCUUGCCACCUGAAAACCAAAAUCCAGCCUCUCCUGACGUUGUUUCCUGUCAAGAUGAAAAGCCUUUCAUGAUACAGCAGCCUGCCGCACCUGCGGUGGUUUCAGCUGUGUCAGCAAAUAUUCCUCAAAGUUCAUCUCCGACCAGCCCAGAUCCUCGGCCUACACACAAUCAAAGGAACUAUAGUCCCGUGGCAGGUCCCAGCAGUGAUCGCAGUGCCCACACCAGUACUCCCAGCAUAAGCAACAGUCAGCCAAGUACUCCAGCUCCGACCCUUCCGGUUCAGGACCCUCAGCUUCUGCAUCACUGCCAACACUGUGACAUGUACUUUGCGGACAAUAUUCUUUAUACUAUUCACAUGGGAUGUCAUGGAUUUGAAAAUCCAUUUCAGUGCAACAUAUGUGGGUGUAAGUGUAAAAAUAAGUAUGACUUUGCUUGCCAUUUUGCAAGAGGCCAACAUAGUCAACAUUGACUGAGAACACGCUUUCAUUUAGUUUUUUAACAUAUUACAGUAUAUUUUUCAUACUUGCUGAAGGAAAGCUUGCACGUUCCCAUAAGGAAUAUUCACAUUAAUCAGUUUGACAAAGGAGGCAAAUUUAUUUCUAGGUUGUCGUAAAACUUGCCAGGGAAAUUUUGUGUAAGAUGUGGUGGUUAUUUUAUAGGUAGCCUUUCAAAAAAGCUGAGGGAGUGCUUUAAGAAUUCGAAUGCAUUUACGUGCUUUGAUUGCUAAAUUUAAGUUGCUUGCACUUAAUCCCAAUAAAUGUUCUACAAAUGUAGAAGCAGAGCGUAUGUCCUGACACAUAGGAUGCAGUUAUUAGACUAUUUACUAGGCAAGACAAAAUACAUGAAUCGUGAAAUACGGAAGGUUGAUGCAAUGACACAUACGGUUAUUUUGGAGACAUCCUUAAAAACUUAGCUACUCCAAACUGGAAAAACAAAUAGAAGCAACUUUCACAUACAAAUUCAACUUGAUGUAAAACUUUCUUUAAUCUGGUGGAGGUUGAUAAUAAGUUUUUGCUUAGUAUGGUCUAAACUCUUCAUGCUAGAGCUCAAACACUAAUUUAACUGUUAUUUUUAAAACUCAUCACAAAACGAGAAGAUAACAGGUGAUUGUGAAUGAAACUCUGGUAGGAAAAAAGAGUUAAAAGCUCGUCACUCACUAGUUAUACAGAAGAAAAAUUAAAUGACACAUUUUAAACUACACUUACCAAAAUUUUACAUGUCAUUCUUUUUAAAAGGAGGUAAUUUUUAAACAGUCAUAAUAAAGAGCUUGUAGAACUAAUAUAUAUUCCGUGAGAUUUUUAACUGCCUUAAACUAAUUUGUACAGAUAUUUAAAAUUUGCACAAUUAGACUUCUGUCUUGCUGAUGGGAGUUCUAAUAGAAACAAACGAGAGGUUUACAAAUUAAAAAUCAUCUGUUCAGUUUUAUCUCGGGCCGAGCUACAACUGAUAGGUUGCCUGUGUGUUUGAAAGUUGUACAAUCUAGUUUAUUGUGAACUUUGGAAGUCAGGUUGUCUUGUCCUUUCACCCGGAUUUUUGUCCUUUCGGUGUACUAGAAAUAAGGGGAAGGGUUUUUCUGAGGUGUUUUCUGAGCUGUGGGUGUAAUGGGCAGGCAAAGGGGUACUGGCUGGCUGCAUUGAAGUCAUUGUGAUUAAUAAUUGUAGGUGGCAAAUGGUAACUAGAGAUGUACAUGAAGUCCGUUGCACAUGUUUGUUCUGGGUUUUUUUUUAUACUGUACAUCUUACUUUAGAAGCACCUAGGCUAACGGACAGGCACUUUAAUAGAAACCUAAAUUAAACAUCCUAGCAAAAUUAUUAAAAGCUCUUAAUACGCUACACAGGAAUUUGUAAUGUUUCCAAAAGUAAAGAACUGUUACUUUUCCCAUAUUUAGGCAUGCACUUUUACCUUAGUUUGUCUUACUUGAGACAAAUUAAAGCUUCCCUUACAUACUCCCCUUUUACUAUCAGCAAAAUAUGGCAGCAGAUAUGUUUUGUUAAAAGCAGGAAGAUUUUGUUAAUGUUCUGCAAGUCAGAGGUUGGAAUCUGAAUAGCAAAUGUUUGGCUUAUUCAAAUUUAUGCUUCCUGGAGCUGAUGGAAGAACUUACAAUGACUUCAGUAUAAGAUUGACGCAGGAAAAACCACCCUUCUGAGAAUUUUAUCCUUAGAAGUAAUUUUGACUUAAAUGAAUUAGAAAUUUGGGAACGCUUAAUGUUUCUCUCUCCCUAACUUACUUACUGUUGAGUUUUCUGUGCUGAAGUAACCAGUUGAAGGAACUGGAUUCUUGGCUGCAUGUUGUUGUAAGGAGGUCAAAAAAUAUGCCUUUGAAGUAUUUCCAGUGUAGUGAAGAUGAAUGAUAACACGCUAUCGCUCCUAAAAACAUUUUUGGUUUCAGGCCUUGUCAAAAUCCAUUUCAGUGGAUUUGUAAAACAGAAUGUAACUUUCAUUUUUCAUAAUGACGCUCUUUGUAAUUCCAAAAUAUACCUUUGUUGCUUUAUUCUUUUAAAAUGUAUUUUAUAAGCAAAACAGCAACUCUGUAUGCAUAAACAUACACAAUCCUUUAUUUUAAGGACUAAAAGUUGACUGAACUGCAAUCCAGUUGGAAGUUACUGCUCCUGUAUGGGUUUUGCAACGUGAUCCUUCCAGUCAAAGAACAACGAUCCUAUAUUGACACAUUCCAAAAUCUGAAUUUGGCUAAAAUACGAUAUUAGAACUACAAAUGUUACUGUUAGAGACCAUUACAAUUAGUAAUUUUUAGAGGUCAUUUUCCUUGCCUUUUGAUAGAUGAUGCGAACUUCUGUUCCCAGGCUCUAUCAACUCCAAGGAAACUCCUGUAAUGCUGGUUCUCCAGGGAGCACCACCCAAUACUGAAUGAUGCCCAUCACAACAGCCAAGUUCUCCUUGGUUUGGGCCUCCAGCCCUUCUCCCCCUUGGAGGGGAGAAGCAGGGAGGUUAACUCCAAACGUUGGAGAUUUCAGCCUUUUGUUCCAUUUACGCUGUUUCUGGUCCGUUGGGACUUCCAUUGGCAGUGCCUGUAAACAUUUAUUUUCUUUUUGUGUUGGCUCAUGAUUUGGUGAUUUAGAAAAAUGACUUCUGAACCAUGACACCCCUGAAUAGCAGAAGAGUUAGGUCACUAAUAGGGGUAGCUGGCAGCAAGAGGAAGCCUGCACGAUCUUAUUAAAGCCGCCCUUAUUUAGGAGGGGAUCCUCUGUUGCGGGGAACGUGUGUUCUUAAUAAUAGAACUCGGUAUGAAAAAAAAAAUCUAACCCCAAACCUUACAAGUUGUUGAGAAGUAUUUUAAUACUGCUGGCUUAAUAUCAUUGUUUCUGCUUCGAGGUACCCAAGGAAAAUAAAAUGAUGAACACCUAGAAACUGUUGAACAGUGACAAAGCUAUUUUCCCUUCUUUCCCUGCGCAGGCCCCUGUUCACAGGGGGGUUCUUAGGCAGGAGCAGGUUCUGGGGUUCAUCCCUUGCUUCUGCAGCCAGAUGUGUGGGGUGGGUCCCCGCCGACGUCCUGGUCCCGCGCACAGGGUCACCCUCUGGACUGGGAUUCCUCAUUUUUCAGCCUGUUGCCGUGUGUUCACUUGUGCCAAACAGUACCCUGACUACAUUUCCUGUCUACUGAGUAGGUUUGGAAGGUGUAUUUUCAUAUUAGUUUUUCCUGAUGUUGUACAUACUCUUUACUAUAAUUUAAAGACCGGAAUUAAUACUGGAAAACUGUUUGAGAGUGCGAUGCUGACAAUUCCCUUGCAGGGGCAGGCCUUACUCGGAGUCGGUGAGGGAUACUUGUCAGGAAUUGCAGGAUCGAGUCCUCAGUUAGUAGGACUUUUCAUAAGGAGUUCUCCACGUGCUACACUGCACUAACUUGGGUUUAUGUGUUUUGUUUUUUUUUU